AUGGAACAGCAGCAGCAGGUAGGUGGAAAUGGAGGAAAUGGAGGAAAUGAAGAGCAAGGUGGAGGCGGUAAAACGACGAGCUUCGUGUGCAGACAGAGCAGUACGAGGUGGACACCGACAAGCGACCAGAUCAGAAUCUUGAAGGAUCUUUAUUACAACAGCGGGGUCAGGUCUCCCACAGCCGAGCAGAUUCAGCGAAUCUCCGCCAAGCUGAGGCAGUACGGCAAGAUCGAGGGCAAAAACGUCUUUUACUGGUUCCAGAAUCACAAGGCCCGCGAGCGUCAGAAGAAGCGCUUCACCUCCGAUCAUCAUCAUCAUCUUCCCAUUUACUCCAACUUCCCUAACAAUAUCAACCCUGGGUCUUCCUCUGCUGCUGGCUUGCUCAAUGGCUAUGGAUCUGUGGCCAUGGAGAAUAGCUUUAGAGAAUGCUCCAUAACACCAAAUGCAAAUGUGGGAGGGCAGAAUUUGGCAUGGUUUGGGGUUGAUCCCUAUCCUUCGCCCUACCCUUUUCUUGAAAUGUCAAGAAGCAUCAACGACCAAACCCUACUUCAAACCACGGAGGAGGAGGCCUCGGAGAUCGAGACCCUCCCCCUCUUCCCAAUGCACGGCGACGCCAAGCAAGACUGGCACCACCGCGGCGAAGAUGCCAUCGCCGCCGGUUCGUUGGAGCUCAGCCUCAACCCCUACGCCGCCGGAUUCCGUCACUAA